AUCAUGAGGAGGGAGAACCAGAGCAGCGUGUCCGAGUUUCUCCUCCUGGGGCUCCCCAUCCGGCCAGAGCAGCAGGCCGUGUUCUUCGCCCUGUUCCUGGGCAUGUACCUGACCACAGUGCUGGGGAACCUGCUCGUCAUCCUGCUCAUCAGGCUGGACUCUCGCCUCCAUACCCCUAUGUACUUCUUCCUCAGCCACUUGGCCUUCACUGAUGUCUCCUUCUCAUCUGUCACUGUCCCAAAAAUGUUGAUGGACAUGCAUGCUAAGUACAAAUCCAUCCCCUAUGAAGGGUGUAUUUCACAAAUGUAUUUUUUUAUAUUUUUUACUGACCUGGACAGCUUCCUUAUUACAUCAAUGGCAUAUGAUCGCUAUGCGGCUAUAUGUCACCCUCUUCAUUAUACCACCAUCAUGAGGGAAGAGCUGUGUGCCUUACUAGUGGCUAUAUCUUGGAUCCUGUCCUGUGCCAGCUCUCUUUCCCACACCCUUCUCCUCACCCAGUUAUCCUUCUGUGCUGACAAUGCCAUCCCCCAUUUCUUCUGUGACCUUGGUGCUCUGCUUAAGAUAUCCUGUUCAGGCAUCUUCCUCAAUGAGUUGGUCAUGUUCACAGUAGGGGUGGUGGUCAUUACCCUGCCAUUCAUAUGUAUUCUGGUAUCUUAUGGUUACAUUGGGGCCACCAUCAUGAAAGGUCCUUCCACCAAGGGGAUCUGCAAAGCACUGUCCACAUGUGGCUCCCACCUUUCUGUAGUGUCUCUGUAUUAUGGGGCAAUAUUUGGGCAGUAUCUUUUCCCCAAAUUAAGCAAUUUCAUUGACAACGACAUCAUUGUGGCUCUCAUGUACACAGUGGUCACACCCAUGUUGAACCCCUUUAUCUACAGCCUUAGGAACAGGGACAUGAAAGAAGCCCUGGGGAAACUCUUCGGUAGGGCAACAUCUUUAUCACGGUGA